UCCAUCUCACACGAACACCCUCUCUUCUCUCCCUUCCCCCUCUCGCUCUCCCCCUCUCCUUCACCUCUCCCCUCUCCUCCCUCUCUAAGCUCGAAUCCCUAUCGGCGGCGGCGGAGGUGGCGGCAUCAUCGGCGUCGUCGUCUCCGGCGGAGGAGCUCUCGGCGGCGGACGAGUGGCUGAGGAAGCUCUCGGUGGUGGCAUCUAGGUUCCUGCGGAAUUUCGCGUUCACCAUAAACUGAAUCGACGAAUUUCGCGUUUACGCUUGCGCUCACGAAGCAGAGAAGUUCCAGAACCUUCUCGAAGCCAUCAAAGCAUUCGAUUCCACCAUCCAUGAGAUUGCUUCGAUAUCAGACAACAAGGUAAUCAAGAAAUUCUUCGUGGAUACCAUGAAGGAACUAUUGGAGGUGACUCAAGAAGCAAUAAAGUCAAAGCAGAUUGAUGAUUCCAGUUCAAUGCAAAUUGACACCUUGUCCAGCUCGAAAAUUAUGAGGAGGAUUCAUUCAAACAAAGGAAGAGGGACAUUGUUAGCUCCUUUCUCACAGAAAUAUUGCUAUCUUUAAAGGAGGCUAAUUUAGGUUUUAUAAAAGUUCUGAUGGCCAAAUCCAAAGCUAAAGGGUUGCAAGAGCACCUGACAUGGUCGAGGGAUUGUUCAAGUGGCAAGAUGAUACGAAGAAUCACUUUAAAGCCAAGAUCAAGUUGCUUCUUGAGCUGCUGAUCAGGAAAUGUGGUUUGGAUGCUGUUAAAGCAGUUAUGCCUGAAGAACAUAUGAAACUGCUAACCAACAUAAGGAAGAUUAAGGACCGAAAAGAACGGAAGGCCAAAUCUUCAGACGAUGGAGAGUUGUUUACAGCAAGAACAAGUAUCUCAAGGUGGUCGGUGUUCCUGGUAGCUUCGAAAUUCCUGUCGUUGCUCAGCAGCUGGGAAAGUCAGGAGAUCAUCUGGAAGAUUAGUAGUACAAGCUCUAUGCCCAUUGAAGAUAACAAUGGUGUUGAUAAGUAUGAAACCAAGCACUUAGGAAGGGAAGAUUUUUCAAGAGCUUUGGAACGAUCAAAGAAAAGAAAUGCUUCUACACUUGGUACCCCAAAAUUGCCUCUCAUGCACAAACAUUUAUUUUCAUCUGGAUUGCGCAAGCGAUCAGGCGUUUUGCUUUAUGGACCACCAGGGACAGGGAAGGGAUGGCCUUUUUGACCUCGACCUUCUUAUCCGGCCUCAUCUCAUGGACCUGAUUCUUCAACACUUCGUCGGCUGACUCCUCGGUCUCGAAGGUGACGAAUCCGAAGCCCCGAGGUCGGCUGUUGUUCUUGUCUGUCCGUAUAAGAGCAUUAGUUAUCGGACCAAACUUUUCGAAAUAAGCCCGGAAUUCGUCAUCUGUGAUAUCUUUUGGUAAACCGCCGACGAAAAUCUUUUUAUCGUUUGAAACGUUGGCGUUUUCUUUAAGUUCGGCCUGUUUCACAUCAACCUGAAAAGAAAAAUAUGAUAAUAUAAAUAUGAAAACCAGGUAUAGUUCGCAUAUGUAAUAUCUUAAAAUUUUAAAAGAAAAUAUUUGUAUACUGGUCUAAGCAAUAAUGAUAUUAGACGAUAUAUCUACAUUAAAAUAAAGCCUUAAAUAAAGCAAACAAACUAGAUAUUUACCAAUAAAAAGCUGUAUAUUAUAAAAAAAUACUUUUUCACAAUAUUAGGCAUACAAAUAAAUUGACAUAAAUUAACAUGCAAAUUCGAAAAUAGUACUUUAAUGAGAAAAAUUGCGCAGCAAAAUAUGGAUUAGAAGUCCCAAUAAAUGCAAAUAGCAAACAUAAUUUUCUUUUCUAUGCAUACUAAAAAAAGAAAAAAAGUGUUAUAUAAAACAUAAAUCAUAUAUUUUUAUCGCCUACAUGUAAGAUAUCGUAUGCUUCAAUAGUCGCAAUUUGUUUAAUUUGCGCAAUAUUUUAUAUAUAAAUAUUUGGAAUUUCGUAGAAAGUAUAUAAGGAAUUCAAAUUUAAUUUUUAAGGUAUAUAUACAUGAGGAAUUUGCGAACAAGGUGCAAGUAAAAUAAUGUGAAACAAUACUUAACAAGUGCUAUAUAAAUAUGAAUUAAGUAGUGAAAUUUAGGACCUUGUGGCCAUCAAUGUUGUUGUUAUCCUUCUCAUCCAGAUUGAGGGCUCGGUGCGCCACCGCAGUGUCUUCAAUUUGUGGUGUCUUCGAAUGCGCUUCACUGUAUGCAUGCGGAAUAGCACUUGUCGGCCGAUUAUGGGAAGGCGUAUAAAGAGUACCCAAAGGAGGAGUAGGAGCACUGGAUACAUAUGGAGUCGUAGUUGUCGGCCGAUUAUAGAAAGAUGUAGAAGGAAUACCAUAUGGACUAAUAGAAGGAGCACCAUACGCAUAUGUAAUAACACUUAUUGGCCGAUUGUAGGAAGACGUAGGAGUACUGAAUGGAAUGGUAGGAGCACUGUAUGCAUGCGGAAUAGCACUUGCCGGCCAAUUAUAGGAAGGUGUAUAAAGAGUACUCAAUAGAGAAGGAGCACUGAAUAUAUAUGGAGUUGUAGUUGUCGGCCAAUUAUAGAAAGAUGUAGCAGGAACACCGUAUGGACUAAUAGAAAGAGCACCAUAUGCAUAUAUAGUAACACUUAUUGGCCGAUUGUAGGAAGACGUAUAAGGAGUAUCAAAUGGAGGGGUAGGAGCACUGUAUGCAUGCGGAAUAGCAAUCAUUGGCUGAUUGUAGGAAGGCGUAUAAAGAGCAUCAUACGGAGUAGUAGCAAUAGGUGUCGAAUCAGUAUACAGUGGCCUUGUUGGUAUAUAUGCAACACCACAGGCAUACGGAGCAGCGCUGCCGGUAGCGCCUGCCGACUCGUGCUGAGCUGCAUUUGCGACCAGAAAAGCUUCCUCCGUGGUGUAGAAAAGAUGUAACUUCUUCCUCAACACUUUCCGCAGCGAUUCAUCCCAUUUGAAGACAACAUAGCCCGAACCGUCGGGCCCAACGGCUGCUUCCGUCACCGUGCCAAAUUCCUCAAAAUAGGCUCUAAAUUGGCUGCUCGUCGUACCGGGCGGCAAAUUAUAUGCCUCGAUCCUCCUCUGUUGAAGCCAAAUGCUAAACCUACUUACCUCAACCUGAAAAUAGCACAGAUCAAAAGCAGAUGUAACAAAAACUAAAAGAAAAAAAAAAAAAAAGGAUCGGACACGAGUUAAUUCUUGAUUAGCAUAUAAUGUUACUGUCGAAUAAAAAAAAAUAAAGAUGGAUUUUUUUUUUUUUUAAAUACCCAUAUAAAUGUUCUUGAUACGCAUGCCUAUGCAAUAGAAACUAGAGAUCGUAUACUUAAUAUGAGUGUAGUGAUCAAGAAUAGUAAUUGAAUCAACUUUACAGAAAAACAUUACAAAGAGCAUUAAUAUAAAUACCGUAACCAACACAUAUACAAUUUUGAGUCACACAAUCGUAUACGUAGACAAGAGAUAACAACAACAAAAAGAGAGAGAGAGAGAGAGAGAGAGAGAAAAGAAACUAUAUAUGAAAUUAUUUGAUCGAGAGAUUAAUUAUAAUUAAUGGCGAAAAGAGAAAUAUAUAGAGGAGGACCAGUUUUCCGAGGAUGAUGUGGUUGUUCUUCUCCCGGCUAGCUGAGGCUCGCAUCGCGGAGGCUGAAUCGGCGAAGAAAAUGAAUGCUUGCUUGUCGUCUGAAUCCUGCGGCUCCCCGUGCGCAUCCUCCACCACCGCCAGUACCUGGCCAUACCGCCCGAAGUGGUUCUUGAGGUCCUCCUCGCUCGCGGAAAGCGGAACCCCCCGGACGGCGAUUUGCAUCCAAGGCGCCGCUCGAGGAGAUGCACACGAGGAAGAGGAAGAGGAAGAGGAAGAGGAAGAGGCCUCCUCCAUGUCCGCUACUAGAAAGAAGAUCUAGAGAAGCAAACAAGAAUUAAAGGAGAGAGAGAGAGAGAGAGAGAGAGAGAGAGAGAGAGAGAGAGGAUUUGGUCGGAGGAGGAGAGGUCGUUAAUUUGAGUCUUAUUUUUGGCGGGAGAGGUCGUUUGGGUUGUAUUUACAAGAGUGAAAUGCGUGGCUAGUCCAUGAACUAUCCUGGUAUUGCAAA